AUGCGUAUCGCAACACUCCAGUUCUCUCCGCGCCUAGGGGAGGUGGCGGCGAACUUCAGUCGAGCCGAAAGUCUGCUCAUGCGCGAGGAAAGGGAAGGGCAGCUUGAAAACAUUGAUCUACUGGUACUGCCCGAACUCGCGUUUGCAGGGUACAACCAUCCGUCACUGGCUGCAAUUGCGCCUUAUCUCGAACCGACAGCCGCAGGGCCCUCGACAAGAUGGGCCGCCAGGACUGCAAAACGUCUCAAAUGUACGGUUGCGGUCGGGUACCCUGAAGCAGCCGAAGAAGGGAACUACAACACCAUCUUUGACAGACAUAUCACCGCCGAGACGGGCACCAUCGCCUACAAUUCGCUCGUGUUUGUCAAUUCAAGUGGAGACGUUGUUGCCCACUAUCGCAAGUCGUUUCUAUAUUACACUGAUGAGACGUGGGCUCAGGAAGGGCAAGGCUUCUGGGCGGGUGUGCUGCCGAUUGGCGGCAAAGGUCAGCAGGUCAAGGCUGCUGCGGGGAUCUGCAUGGAUAUCAACCCCUACCGGUUCGAAGCCCCCUGGACGGCGUACGAAUUCGCUAAUCACGCGCGGGAGGCCCGUGCCAGAGUUGUCGUUCUCAGUAUGGCCUGGCUGACAAGGCUGAGCGCAGAGGAGGUGUCGUCGAGUCAGGCCAUGGUGCCAGACCAAGAUACGGUCAACUAUUGGGUGGAACGACUCAGGCCUCUCUUUGGGCCACAAGGUGCGCAGACCGAAGCAAUCGUUAUUUGUGCCAACCGAGCUGGCGAGGAAGGUGUCAGUCCCAGAAUUGGAGAGGUCAGGUAUGCUGGCAGUAGCUGUGUCAUGGGCAUGACGAGAGGAGAUCAAAUCAGGAUCUGGGACAUCCUGGGAAGAGCUCAAGAAGGGAUCCUAUUGGUGGAUACAGACAAGGCUCCGGCGUAUUCAGUCUCAAUCAAGGGAAGUGAAGCUCAGGACGUGACUGAUGAUGCCGCUGAAAUCGGCGGAAGUUGA